AGAGAGAGAGAGAAAAGAGAUGGGAGACACAAGGAGAGUAGGCGUGGCUGUAGAUUUCUCGCCGUGCAGCAAUAAAGCUCUGAGAUGGGCCGUCGAUAAUCUGGCGAGGAAGGGCGACCACCUCAUUAUGGUGGUCGUGCGCCCGGACGGCCAUUAUGAAUCUGGCGAGAUGCAGCUCUGGGAAACCACCGGUUCACCUCUUAUUCCGUUGAGUGAUUUCUCAAACUCAACUAUCAUGAAGAAGUACGGUAUUAACCCUGACCCUGAAUCACUUGACAUCGUCACCACUGCAUCAAAGCAGAAAGAAAUAGUUGUGCUCUUGAAAAUCUACUGGGGCGAUGCUCGUGAGAAGUUAUGUGAAUCAGUCGACAACAUUCCUCUCGACUCACUUGUCAUUGGCAAUAGAGGCCUUGGAAAGAUCCAAAGGGUGCUUAUGGGCAGUGUUAGCAACUAUGUUGUGAACAAUGCUCCCUGUCCAGUUACCGUUGUGAAAAGUAAUGAUUAAACUCACGAUUUUCCAUGUGACCAAUAAUGAGCUCGUUCGCGUGAGCUCAAGUAGCCAAAUUUCGUUAAGAGUAUCGAAAUUAUUAUCAAAUAAACUUACCAGAUUUUACUGUCUUAAAAACCCAGAAACUACAUUCGUUCAUAUGAAAUAUGAUUAUUUAGAUUAGAUUUGAUUUUGUCAGUCAUUUCACGAAUGUAUAUAUGAAAUAUAAUUUAAGAACUCAA